AUGAUCAUCAAUCGAAGAGGAAAUCAACAUUCUGACAUAGAAAUAACUGGGGAGGGGGCGGCGCAGGGAGGGGGCGGCGCAGGGAGGGGGCGGCGCAGGGAGGGGGCGGCGCAGGGAGGGGGCGGCGCAGGGAGGGGGCGGCGCAGGGAGGGGGCGGCGCAGGGAGGGGGCGGCGCGGGGACCGGGCGGCGCGGGGACCGGGCGGCGCGGGGACCGGGCGGCGCGGGGACCGGGCGGCGCGGGGACCGGGCGGCGCGGGGACCGGGCGGCGCGGGGACCGGGCGGCGCGGGGACCGGGCGGCGCGGGGACCGGGCGGCGCGGGGACCGGGCGGCGCGGGGACCGGGCGGCGCGGGGACCGGGCGGCGCGGGGACCGGGCGGCGCGGGGACCGGGCGGCGCGGGGACCGGGCGGCGCGGGGACCGGGCGGCGCGGGGACCGGGCGGCGCGGGGACCGGGCGGCGCGGGGACCGGGCGGCGCGGGGACGGGGCGGCGCGGGGACGGGGCGGCGCGGGGACGGGGCGGCGCGGGGACGGGGCGGCGCGGGGACGGGGCGGCGCGGGGAUGGGGCGGCGCGGGGAUGGGGCGGCGCGGGGAUGGGGCGGCGCGGGGAUGGGGCGGCGCGGGGAUGGGGCGGCGCCGGGAUGGGGCGGCACCGGGAUGGGGCGACGCAGGGAUGGGGCGGCGCAGGGAUGGGGCGGCGCAGGGAUGGGGCGGCGCAGGGAUGGGGCGGCGCAGGGAUGGGGCGGCGCAGGGAUGGGGCGGCGCAGGGAUGGGGCGGCGCAGGGAUGGGGCGGCGCAGGGAUGGGGCGGCGCAGGGAUGGGGCGGCGCAGGGAUGGGGCAGUGCAGGGAUGGGGCAGUGCAGGGAUGGGGCAGUGCAGGGAAGGAGCAGUGCAGGGAAGGAGCAGUGCAGGGAAGGAGCAGUGCAGGGAAGGAGCAGUGCAGGGAAAGAGCGAUACAGGGAAAGGACAGUAUAG